AUGGCGGGAGGAGGAUCGGAAUCAGCGAGGGAACUAGACCAGACGCCAACAUGGGCAGUUGCAUUAGUUUCUGCAGUCAUCAUUAUAAUCUCCAUAUUGUUGGAAAAAUCUCUUCAUAAGUUCGGAGAGACAUUUGAAAGAAGAAAGAAGAAAGCGUUGUUUGAAGCUCUUGAGAAAAUUAAAGGGGAGCUAAUGGUUUUAGGCUUCAUUUCCCUUAUUUUGACAUUUGGACAAAACUACAUUUCCAAAAUCUGUAUUCCUGAAAAAAUUGGGUAUACUAUGUUGCCAUGUCCUAACCGUUCGGCCAGUAAAGAGGAGCACAAGAGUGCUUCUGGGGCCGAGGCAGAACAUCACCGUAGGCUCCUAUGGUACGAGCAUAGAGUGUUGUCUGGUGAUAGUCCACCCCAAGGUUGCAAGAAAGGAUAUGUGGCACUUAUGUCAAUCAAUGGAAUACAUCAACUACACAUCUUCAUAUUCUUUUUGGCCGUAUUCCAUGUCAUUUACAGUGCUAUAACAAUGACGCUUGGAAGAUUGAAGAUUCGUGGAUGGAAAGAAUGGGAACGACAGACUGUCAAUGAGUACGAAGUGUCCAAUGAUCCUUCUAGAUUCAGGCUAACGCACGAGACAUCUUUCGUGAGAGACCACACCAGUUUCUGGACAAGAAACCCAAUCCUGUUUUAUACUGUCCAUUUAGCUCCUGGAAGCAAGUUUGAUUUUCAGAAAUAUAUUAAAAGGUCACUGGAAGAUGACUUCAAAAUUAUUGUAGGAAUCAAUACAGUAUUAUGGAUGUCAGCUGUUGUCUAUAUGCUGCUUAAUGUUCAUGUUGGGACAAAACUUCAAGCGAUCAUAACACAGAUGGCUGUUGAAAUCCAAGAAAGACAUGCUGUAGUCCAAGGCAUACCUCUUGUGCAAGUUUCCGACAGUCAUUUUUGGUUUAGUUGGCCUAAGUUGGUUCUUCAUCUUAUCCAUCUUACUCUCUUUCAGAAUGCAUUUGAGAUCACAAAUUUCAUUUGGAUAUCGUACGAAUUUGGGAUGCAUUCUUGCUUUCACGAGAAUUUUUAUCUUUCCAUAUUUAGAGUUGUUCUCGGGUUAGGAGUACAAGUUUUGUGCAGCUACAUUACACUCCCACUUUAUGCACUCGUUACACAGAUGGGAUCAAAUAUGAAGAGGUCCAUCUUCGACGAACAUACUUCUAAGGCAUUAAUGAAAUGGCAUAAGCAUGCAAAGAAGAAAAAAGAAGAGCGUCCUCAACCUCAUACAGAGAAAUUAGGAGAGAGUCCAGGAGAUUCACCAGAUAGUUCUCCUCGAGUAACUGAGGCAAGCGGAGGGACUGCCAAUAUUACUGCCAGUGUAGAAAUUUCUGUGGAAGCUCUUGUUCCUGAUAAUGUACAGUGCUCUCUUGCUGGUAAACCAUACCACAAUCAUUCAUCUAGGUUAGCAAGAAACCUCUAUGGCCUUGACAUCCACCUCCUCUUUGGGCCCAGUUACAGUCAACAAAUCAUUCUCCAUGCUGGCCGUAAUCUGAUCCAUUUUGGAGUUCUCCAGCAGCCUAAACCGGCGUGGAAUCUGCAGGAACUCCUCUCAAUGCGAUGCCACGUAUCAUUCUUCACCUCUUCUCCCUGCUCCUCUCUCCACUAA